UCUAAGCCCUAGUAUUCCCUUCCCGUGACAGCGAGAGAGCGAAGAAAAGGGUCGAAUCUUACAGUCCCCGUGGAGAACAGGCUGUUACACCGAAAUUAGCAGUGACUGCAGUCGGAGGUUCCACUAGGAAGAAGAGGGGGAGCUCAAAAAGAGAGCAAGAGGAACAUGGGGGAGGGCACCUCGGGGCGAAGAAAAAGGUCUACUCUUUUUUAAAGGGAAGGGUGGAAGAGAGAUUUAAGGGGGAUUGAUGGAAGGGGACAAAGCAGCAGCAGCAGCAAUCGAUGAGGGUGAAGGGGAUGGCGCUGGAAAAGAGGCGCCUUUGGGCGUGAAGUUGAGGAGAGCCAUCUCCGCGAACAGGAGGGGCGGCCUUUGCACUCCGGUGCCGUCCUGGAAGCUGGAGGAGCCCGGACUGUCCGACCCCGACAAGGCCCAGCCGCACCGGCGGUCGGUCUCCGCUCGCAAGCUUGGCGCUGGCCUCUGGGAGAUUCAGGACGUCCUGACGAUGUCCGCGGCCGGCCGGCGAGGCGCCAGGAUCCGCCGCCACCGUCGGGAUGGGAAGGCGCUCGAGGACGGUAUCGGUCCGUCGCAUAUACUCGGGCACGAAGAUUUGCCUCAGAGUGUAGGCAGUUUGAGGAGGCAUGUUGAAGCUUCAUCGAUCAAGCAUCAGCAUUUGCAUGAAGGGAACAGUCAUAAUUUGCAACCUGUUUCUCCUGCAAGUUAUACGAGUUCAUAUAAGAUUGCUCCAUUUAACCUAGCCAUCACUCAUAGCAGUGCUACUGAUCUCAAGGAUAAGUUUGGAGAUGCAGGAUAUGGUUUGAGAACAUCAACAGAACUCUUGAAAGUAUUGAAUCACAUUUGGAGCCUUGAAGAACACAAUGAGUCCAAUGCGUCAUUGGUGAAAGCACUGAAGGGGGAGUUGGAACAUGCAAGAGCACGAAUUCAGGAGCUGAUGCAAGAGCAGCAUGCAUAUCGUGGUGAAAUGGAUCAUUUAAUGAAGCAAGUUACUGAGGAUAAAAUAAUUAGGAAGGAGAAAGAGCAACAGCGGAUCAAAGCUGUAGUGCAGUCAAUAAGGGAUGAGCUUGAAGAUGAGAGACGGCUAAGAAAACGCUCUGAAAGUCUGCAUAGAAAACUAGGUAAAGAAUUGUCUGAAGCAAAAGCAGCAUUUAUGAAGGCUGCAAAAGAUCUAGAAAAUGUGAGAAAAACAAAUGGCCUUCUGGAGGAUCUCUGCGAUGAGUUUGCUAAGGGAAUCAGGGAUUAUGAACAUGAAGUGAGGCAGUUGAAGCAAAGGUCUGUAAAAGUUUGCGAUCACAAAGUUGAUCGGUUGGUACUUCAUAUUUCAGAGGCAUGGCUGGAUGAGAGAGAGCAGAUGAAUAUCGCUGAAGCUCGAGGAGAUAUUGCUAAUAAAACCAUGGUUGCAGAUAGAUUACGAAGUGAAAUUGAAGCCUUCAUUCAAGCUAGUAGGUCAUCUGUCUCUAAUAAUGGUUAUCUGUAUGAGAACCAUGAAAAGAGAGAGAUCAAUUUGCGGCGGCAGUCACUUGAGUCUGUCCACUUAAAUGGUGCUGCUAGUGCACCGCAAGAUGCUGAUGAUGAUGAUGAUUCUGUUGCAAGUGAUUUGCACUGCUUUGAACUAAAUAUGGGUGCAAGUAACACUGUCAGCAUUGACCAGCAACAGCGGAAUGGUCAUAAUGUUGUAGAAAAGUUUGAUUCUUCCAGAACCAAAAGGUCUACUUUCUCAGUCGAAGAGAGGGGAUCUUCUGAAAAGAGCAAGAAUCAGAUUUCAUCUAGCUUGCAUUUGAAGUGCAGGGAAGAAAAGGAUGAAACUAAGUCAUGUGGAAGCCAAAUGCAGCUGUCAAACAGAACACAAGGAAAGCAUCCGGACAGCAAUCCUGAAUCUGAAGGAAGAGUAGCUGAUCAUAUCAGAAUUAAUAAACCUCAAGUUUUUAGUCACUUCCAUGCGCUUGAAGUUUCACAGGACAUGAAAAUGAAGUGGGAUAAUGGGCGUCGUCUAGACCACCUGAUUGCUAAUUCUGUGAACAAUGUUGCAGAAAAUUCCGAGUGUUGUAAAGUCGAUCAUAAUAUAUCUCAUGGAGACGAGCACCAUAGUCAUUCCUCGUCGAAGGAUCAUUUUCUUGUAGCAAGUGAGGGCAUUGCUUCAGGACAUUUCCGAAACACAAGUUCAAAUCUAAAUUGUAUUGAGCAACACAAGUCUCCAGAUGUUGAUAUAUCUCGAUCCUCAUCAAAAUUAGCAGAAGGUGUAAAAGAGAAUACAUUGAAGGCGAGAUUGCUUGAAGCAAGGUUAGAGGGACAGCAAGCUCGUCUGAAAGCAUCAGACAAUGAAAAGAAGCAAGUGAUGCCGAUACGCAGGUACUUUGGAGAGUGAAGGAUGCAGACUGGUUUGUCUCUCACUAAACCAUCCAUUCCUCUAUAAAUUUUGUAUUUCACUCAGAUGUUCAUGUGCGCUAGUUACGGCCUAUGUAAUGAAUAUCUUGAUUGUUCAUAGUAAUGCUAGAAAGUUUUUUUGUACCUUUUACCACCGACUUGUUUUCUUUUUAAACCACAACAUAAUCAUGCAUUAUAUUGUU